AAAAUAAUUAAAUUUUAUCUACAUCACCGUACUCCGUAGUGAUUAGUCAUUCGAUUACGGAGCACGAAAAUGAACCAUUAGUCAUCCUCUAACAUUCAAAUAAACAAACUUUCAUCACCCAUUCUCAUUUCGCCCCAUUUCUUUCUCUCUUUUCAUUUUCUCUCUCCUAUUUUGUUCUGUCUUUUAUCACACCACCUCCCUCCAUACCCUUUCCCUCUCUCCCCCUGUUUCCCGCAGUUUUUCUCCAUUUCCUGCUACUCCCAUCAUCAAAUCCCUAAAUCAAUCAAAACAAAAAAAACCCUUUUCAAAUUCAUCAAUAUAUUGUUUCAAUUGAUUCAUUUGAACUCCUGCAACAAACACAGCAGAAGGAUCAAUUUUUUUUGAUAAUCAGUAAAUUUCAGCUUCUGGGUUUUAAAAUUUCAAAAAACAAAAACCAGAUAAAAAUGCAGGAAGAAAACCCCAGUUCAAAUCCAGUCAUAUUAUCUUCAGAUGAUGAAGAAGAACCCAUUAAAAACGACUAUCAAAUAGUCUUAUAUGAUCCAACAAAGGCAAAUGCAAACAACAACCUAGCCAUGGCCGUAGCCGAACCCGAACCCGAUCCGAUACAUUGGAAACCGCCAUUGAUGCAAAAUUCAGGAGGAGGGGGAGGAGGAGCUCAAAGAGUGUUACCAGCAGUUGGUUCAUUUACAGUUCAAUGUGCUAUGUGCUUCAAAUGGAGGCUUAUACCAACAAAGGAGAAAUAUGAGGAGAUUAGAGAACAUAUUUUACAGCAACCAUUUACAUGUGAUUUAGCUAAGGAAUGGAGGGGUGAUAUUUGUUGUGAUACUCCUACUGAUAUUGAGCAGGAUAAUAGUAGAUUGUGGGCUAUUGAUAAACCUAAUAUUUCUCAGCCUCCUCCUGGUUGGGAAAGGGAGCUUAGGAUUCGCGGUGAAGGCUGCUCUAAAUUUGCUGAUGUGUACUAUAUCGCACCAACUGGUAAGAGACUUCGGUCAAUGGUUGAGGUUCAGAGAUACUUGUUGGAGCAUCCAGAAUACAUUAUGCAAGGAGUGACACUAUCCCAGUUUUCAUUUCAAAUUCCUAAGCCUCUGCAAGAGAAUUAUGUCAGAAAGCGCGCUGCUCGUUCACCUAUGCCUGAUGGCUCCAAUUUUGGGAUGGCAAGACCUCUCCAGACCAUUGCAGCGAGUCCUUUAUCAUGGGCUGCCCCAGAUGAUGCUUCAGCCUUACAGAUUAGUCGACCUGGGCCAUAUGGCUUUUCGGCCAACACUGGUACUCCGCCAGCAAGAAAGAAGGCUCGGCCAUCAGCAAAUCACACACAUAGCAGCAUUCCAUUGCAGCACAAUCCACAUAAAUUCAAGAUCAAAGGUCCCCGCCUACCUCCGAAUGGUGUCUAUGACCUGUGAGUUUUUAGGAGCUCCACAUUUUGGGAUACAAUUAGUUUAGAAAUGUGUUAUAUAUAGCCUUUGCAUAUGGUAUGUCCUACACAGUGUGGUUCAAGGAAGUGAAAUAUGAUUUUUUUGUGAACUCAUUAAAGAUUUAGAAAGUUGAUGAAAAAAUGAGGAUGGGGGGAUUUGAUGAGGGAGUGUUUCAAACUAGCCUUUUGGUGAUUUCUUUUGCUCAAGCUGUAAUACCCUAUGGUUUCAAACAAAGAAAUGAGGAAAGUAUAUCUAAUGGAAUAGCUUUCAAACUACAUUUUCCAUUGAUUCCAAAAUAUGGUAUAUAUAAUUACAGAGAUACUCCAUCCGUUUUUAAAUACUUA